AGCCAGACUAGGUAUUCUGCAGGUCUGAAGAAAUCCAAAAUGCGCUGUUUGGAAAAAGCAGGACUCAACAUGCCUCUUCUGCUGCUGCUGCUUUGCUCCCUGUCUCUUCUACAAGGCCUGCCUCUCUGGGAAAAUGAGGAGGCCACCCCCUCCCUGCUGUUGGAGGCCCUCUCAUCAGAGGCCGUGGAGGGACCCAAAGAGGAGGAAAUGGAGGUCUCGGCGGAGGUGCGGGGGUCCUCACCCCCUAGUCCCGAAGGCCUCUCCGAAUUGCUGCAGGGGACACUGCUGAGAAAGGAGUUUCCCGGGGGCGAGGUGGUGGAAGAGCCAAUUCCUGGAGGACAGCCUUCCACUCUGCCCCCAUUCCAUCCGCCCAGCCAGCGUCUAGAAGGUGGGACAGUCCUUGAGACCUCUGAAGCCACAGCCACUGGCCCCUCCCCAUUGACCACCGCUGCCCCUCCCACUGGCUUCUUACUCACCACCCCUCCUGCUUCAACGGCGGCUGCUCCACCCCGCUUGCCCCCUCCACCGGACGAGGCUGGUUCUGCCAACCACCCUAUCUCGGCCACCACCACUGCCUUCAUCCCCGAAGGUGAUGAAGAGACGACGACCACCCUGAUAACUACGACGACUAUCACAACCGUUCACACGCCUGUGCUUUGCAACAACAAUAUCACCGACAUAGAAGGCUACGUUGAAUCUCCCGAUUACACUGGCACUACCUUUUACGGAGGCCUGGAUUGUACUUACACAAUUUCAGUGUAUAUGGGCUACGGAAUAGAAGUACAGGUACAGACGCUGAACUUGUCCAAGGAGGAUUCACUGACAGUGGAAGGUCUGGGAGGGGAGAAGCCUGUUGUCUUGGCCAAUGAGUCAUUGAUGGUUGAGGGGCAAGUGAUCCGUAGCCCAACCAAUCAGGUCCUGAUUCAUUUCCAGAGCUACCACACCACCACUCCUGGUGUCUUCAGAUUCCACUACCAGGCUUUCCUGCUCAGCUGUGGCUUCCCCAGUAGGCCAGAAAACGGGGAUGUCAUGGUAACGGAUCUCCAUCCGGGGGGCUCUGCCACCUUCAAAUGUGAGUCUGGCUUCCAGUUGAGGGGUGAAGAGAUACUCAUUUGCCUCAACGUCAGCCGCCCUCGGUGGAGUGGCACCAGCCCUGCAUGUGUGGCUUCUUGUGGAGGAACAGUUCACAACGCCACACGUGGACGCAUUGUGGCUCCGGAGGCCCCAGGAGGACCACGUGGUCGGAACCUGACCUGCCGUUGGUUGGUGGAAGCACCUGAAGGCCAGAGACUCCAUCUACACUUUGAAAGAGUGGCACUGGAUGAGGAUAAUGACAAGCUGAUGAUCCGCAGUGGGAGUAGCACUUUCUCCCCUAUCAUUUACGAUUCUGACAUGGAUGAUGUCCCAGAACGGGGAUUGCUAAGUGAUGCUCAGUCUCUCAUUGUUGAAUUGAUCAGCGAGGGGCCUGCUACGCCCCUUAUCCUUAGCCUGCGCUACGAAGCUUUUGAUGAAGAUCGAUGUUAUGAACCAUUCCUGGCCCAUGGAAAUUUCAGCACAUCAGACCCUCUGUACCGUACAGGGACCAUUGUAGAGUUUGCUUGCAGUGCAGGAUACAUGCUUGAGCAGGGUCCUUCGGCCAUUGAAUGCAUUGAUUCAAGAGACCCCCGCUGGAACGAAAGCGAGCCCACCUGCAAAGCAUUGUGUGGUGGGGAGCUCUCUGAGCCAACAGGUGUUGUACUUUCUCCUGACUGGCCUCAGUCUUAUGGAAAAGGUCAAGACUGCGUAUGGGGCAUCCGGGUGCAGGAGGAGAAGAGGGUGCUGCUAGACAUUGAGAUUCUCAACAUCCGCAAAUCUGAUGUGUUGACUGUUUUCGAUGGAGGAGACUUAACUGCCCGGAUCCUCGGCCAGUACUUGGGCCCGCAUCCUCGGUUCAGCAUUUACUCUUCAGGCCCAGCAGUGACUCUGCAGUUCCAGUCAGACCCUGGGGACCCCCUUUUCGGUCUCAGCCAGGGGUUCCUGGUGCGCUAUAAGGAGGUUCCACAAAAUGACACUUGCCCCGAGCUGCCAGAGGUGGAGUUUGGUUGGCGCACAGCUUCUCAUACCGCUGUUAUCCGUGGCACAGUUGUAACCUACCAAUGUGAGCCAGGCUAUGACAUUGUGGGCUCCGACAUUCUCACUUGCCAGUGGGAUCUAUCAUGGAGCAACAGCCCACCUACUUGUCAGAAGAUUAUAAAUUGUGCUGAUCCUGGAGAGAUUAGCAAUGGCAAACGAAGUGUUUCAGACCGACAUUUCUCCAUCGGCUCUCACGUCCAGUACUUCUGCCACGAAGGCUAUGUAGUGGAAGGGAGCAACUCACUCACCUGCUACAACCGGGAUACGGGCACCCCUAAAUGGAGCGACCGAGUACCGAAGUGUGUCUUGAAAUAUGAGCCUUGCCUGAACCCCGGUGUUCCAGAGAAUGGGUACCAAACUCUUUACAAGCAUCACUACCAAGCAGGAGAGUCCCUGCGCUUCUUCUGCUAUGAGGGCUUUGAGCUUAUAGGGGAAGUGACAAUCACCUGCAUCCCAGGACAUCCAUCCCAAUGGACUAGCCAGCCACCUCUCUGCAAAGUGGCCUAUGAGGAGUUAUUGGAUGACCGGAAACUGGAAGUCACCCAGACCACAGAUCCUUCCCACCAGAUGGAAGGUGGCAACAUUGCCCUGGCAAUCUUCCUCCCCAUCAUUCUCGUCAUCCUGCUAAUUGGAGGCAUCUACAUCUACUACACUAAAUUCCAAGGAAAAACUCUCUUUGGCUUCUCCUUUUCCAGCUCUCACAGCUACAGUCCCAUCACUGUAGAAUCUGACUUCAACAACCCUCUCUACGAGGCUGGGGACACCAGAGAAUACGAAGUUUCCAUUUAGAAGACGUUAAGAGGAUCUGCCAUUCUUCUCCCAAACCCAACUAGGUCUGAGGAUCAGCGACUGAGAAUGAUUCCUGAUUUGGAGGGAAUAGCGGAAGGUGGUUUUUGGGAGGGGGCUAAGGGAAAAUGGAGGGGAGAGAAGGAGUUUAUCCUUUCUACCCCACAAAUUCAGCUUUAUCUCUUCUUCUCCAUGUUGCUGCCUGACUGUCCACUCUCAGCUUUGGACCACUCCCUUCUCCCGUGUAAAUACCCUCUUCAAUGUGCCAAAUGUGUUUCUCACACACACACACACACUCUCUCACAGAGUUAUUAUUAUUAUUAUUCUGCUUUAUCUGUUUGUUUUAUUUCUCUAUUUAUUUAUUGCGUUAUACUUUUCCUCUUUCUCCAUUUUAAUGAUCAUUCCCUUAAGUGGUUGAAAAAGGAGAAAGGUUGACCUCAUCCCUUCUUCCAUACUUUAUCCCCCACUCCGUUUUUAAGGAAGUGGGACUGAGUUCUAAAUGGUGCUGCCAUUGAAAAUUAUAAAAUAAAUAAAUAAAGUAUCUCUCUGGAAACAAAGCUGUACAGUAAGAUCACUAAAACCGAAUAUAUGUGGCUUUCCACUAGGAGAUGUAUUUAAUCCUGAAAUCAGUGCAAAAAGAUGGAGGCAACAGAAAAAGCCAAAUGCUGAGAGGCAUUAGAAAAGAUAAUUGAUCCCUAAUUCUUAACGCGGAAGCAAUUCUCAUGUUCAGGAGAAUUUACCUUCAUAAAAUUGGGAGUACAUUAGAUAAUCAUGGAAAUAUAAGCAGGAUCAUAAAAUCAUUGAUUUUAGCUGUUUAGAUUAUACACCAUCGGAGUUUUGCAAGGUCUGUGUGCUGCAACAUGCCCAAUCAGAAAGCAACAAGGCUUCAAUUUUAACAGAUUUGUGGGGAUGUAAUAGAUACACUUUCUCUAUAUUACAAAACACCAAUGCCUCCAGAAAUAGAUUGUCAGGUGUUAUAGCCUGGGGCUGUUGAAAUAAUCUACAAUGACAAAACAAUGUAAUCAUUUUACCAGAUCUAGCUGUAUUUUCCUUUCUCUUAUCAUUAAUUUCUUUGGCUUAUACUUCUCACUCCUGUUCUAUGCUUUGCCUAAUAUUACUUAUCCCAACAGUGUGAUAGGCAUGUAUGUAUAUACAUAUGUUAGUACAACCCCAGGACUAAGGUUGACACCCAGAUAAGCACACACAGGAGUGCUGCCUUAUAUUUUAGUUAUUCUUCUAAUCUUCUAAUAUUUCUCCCACCUCUCUGAAAGCAACAAGAAUAACAAAAUAAAAUAAAAUAAACAUAAUGCAAAUCUUGAAAAGAGAGGCUUGGUAGAACUUCAGUAAGCAAACUUGGUCUGUUUGUUAGAUUGGAAGACAUAACUGCCCACAGUCAACAAAAUUCAUUAUUUAUUUGAUUGUUAGGCAGUUUAUCCUUUCCUUUCCUCUUGAAGCAGCUUUCAAAGCACUUCCUCCUCCUAUUUUUCCUUAGAAAAAUGCUAUGGUUGGAUUAGGAUAAAAAUGAGGGAAGGGGACUGGCCCAAAGUCAUCCAGUCAACUUUCAUGACUGAAGGUGGACUUGAAUUUGAUCUCCAUGAUCCUUGUCAAAUCCUUUUACCAUUAGACCACAUUGGCUCUUUGUUUACCAUAUUUUUAGCAGUACAGAAUGGCUGUGGGGGAUCACUUUAGUUUUACAUUUGAGAUACAAAUGUAUUAAGGGUUGUCUCUAGUUGUACACCAAGCUAGAAACAUCCUAGAAUAAGUAAUAUAUCUGUUCAAUCAUUGUGAUUGCUAAAAAUUAAUUUUAAUAUCCCAAUAUUAAAUGGGGGAAUAAUUAAUAAACCUUUUGAUCUGAGUUCCUGUGGAGCUAUUUCCCAUGAAAUUCAUAUGGUUGUUUAGAUGUGGAAAGCCUUUUAAUAAUAAAACAGUUCUCUCUAAUGAUUGGGAUCCAGAUAACUUUUAAAAGAUUAAAGUGUAUCUGAUAAUUUUAUGUUGCUUUCAAAGAUAACAAAUUACUGAACAUUACUAAUUUUACAUAUGCUUAUAAGGACAAUAUUUAUGAUUUUUGAAUUGUACUUUACAGCUUUUUUUUUUUUUAAAGACAGUGUACAUUUUCCCCAUUUGUCUAAUGUACUGACCCAAAUAAUAAAAUAGCUGGAGGUUUUGCAGCCUCUGAUUCAUUACAGUAUCCUCUGAAUGAUAAAAAAAGAAAGUAAUGUAAUUAUGUCGGGAAAAGAUUGAUUUUCCUACUUCACAGUAUCUUAACAAGGAAAUAACAUAUCCAGCUGCUAUUUGACAAUUGCUUUAAGGAUUAAAUAUUAUUUCAGGAUAUACAUAGUUUAUUGACAGCCUUUCUUGACUUAACACCACAGAAAGCCACUGGCUGCCUUGUAUCUUCUUCAGGAUGUUGACGUUUUGCGUGGCUCUUUCUCAUACUCUUUAAGUAUGAAAACAGGAAAGAUCCUUAGUGCCAAAAUGUAUGAAAGUACACUUUUAAAGCUGUUCUCAUCUCUUCAAGAGACCCUCUUUUACGACAUGAGAGCAUCUGAAUGGAAUCGCAGUACUCGUCUCCCACACCAUAAGGUUUGUAGGAGAUGAGAAUAUUGUACCUAAAGCCCCUCACUUACUGCCAGUAUGGAGCAGGACAUAAAAAUAGUAUUUCCCAACCCUUCUCUUUUCCCAAAUAGUGAAACUGACUUAUUAUAUCAACCCUUCCCUGGUGGCCAGUCUUGUAUUUUGGAAGAAGGUGAAAAGUAUUAUUUACUCCAAUUUUUGUAGAUAACUUAUCCUUCCUCUUUGUAGGUCUUUUAUCAUGCUAGGAGGACAGUCCUGACACAUCCCCACAAAUGACAGCGCAGUUUCUGGGGAAUGCUCUCCUUUGCAUUCUUACCAUUUACAAUUCUAUUUUAUUUUUAUUUUUUUGGGCCUUUGGUUACCCCCCAC